AUGACCGCAAUCCAACUAGCUGUCAUGGCCACACUUCUGGUUCUAUACAGGAUAUCACCCUGGCAUCCGCUUGCCACGUUUCCCGGUCCUCUGAGUUACAAGAUCACGAACUUGCGUUAUGCCGAAGUGGUUGCCUCCGGUUGGCGCCACAAAACAAUCCGGAGUCUUCAUGAGCAAUACGGCGAUAUUGUACGGAUAGGCCCGAAUUCGCUCUCGAUCAACUCGAGAUCUGCUAUCGGUCCUGUUUACGCUUCGGCCCAUUGCAUGGAUCGCAGUUCAGCCUACAGUCUGCACGUACUACCUGGGAACGGUCUCUUCUUUAUGCUAGAGAGAGAAUCGCACAAUUCCCGGCGAAAUCAAUGGGCUCCAGCAUUCUCCAACAUCAACUUAGGGAAAUAUGAGAAGAUUCUAGAUGAUCGCGUGAUUGAGCUCACACAGUGCAUUGGCCAGCGACUCAAAGGCAGAAUUGUCAAUAUUGCCGAAUGCAUUGAGCACUGGUCCUACGACUUCAUGGGAGAUUUUGCAUUUGGUCAGAGCAGUGAGCUGGAGCUGAUGAAAAGGGGGGAUCCUUUUCGUCUCGUUGAGAAUGGCAAAAAGGCGACCGCGUUGUUCGAUAUACUCGGGGAAGUCCCUUGGCUCAUGGAUAUACUGUGGUAUCUGCCGAGUACAGCAUCUAUCAAAGCUCUACACACUCUCGCGCGUGGACUCAUAACUCGUCGGGAGCUUCGCGGCGAGGAUCUUGACUAUGGCUCAGAUAUCUCAUCGUAUCUCAUUGAAGAAAAGGAUGGUCAACGUCCACUGACCAGCGACGAAAAGACCAUGGACGCAUUGUUCGCAAUCCAAGCGGGGUCCGACACGACUGCCAACGUUUUGCAAUAUGCAUUUUUCUUCAUAUUGUCGCAUGAUGCUGUGCACAGCAGACUUCGCAAGGAGCUGGAGGAGACUUUUCCGGACCGUCACGGAGUGCUGGCUUUCAAUAUUCUUGCGGAAUUACCGUACCUGAACGCCGUGAUCCAGGAAUCGUUGCGCCUUGGUACUCCCCUAUCUGGACUCCCUCGAGUGACACCCACUGGCGGCUCGUUCAUAGACGGUUCCUAUAUCCCCGGGAACACGGUAGUAUCCGUACCAAAUUACGCUCAACAGCUGGACCCUAGAAACUUCUGUCCGCAUCCGGAACAAUUCAUCCCGGAGAGGUGGCUCCCUGGUGGUCUUGGAGAGGAAUCCAAGGUGGAUGGGAACACAAUCAUGUCUUUCUCAUUCGGGCCAUUCGGCUGCAUUGGCCGUAACUUGGCUAUGCAGGAGCUUCGUAUAGUCAUCGCUCGCCUUCUACUUCGAUUUCAAUUGGCUCUUCCCGAGGGUUUCGAUCCCGUAUCAUAUGCUCAAAAUAUCAAAAAUAUCCGCACGACAUUUUUCCCAUCUCCUCUACAUGCUGUUGUUGUGCGAGAACUGUAG